UGAUCCGGGGUGGGGGUGUGACAAUAUGGAUCAUGUAAGUUCUCAAUCCAACCAUAAGGGAUAACUAAUUGUCUAUUUAUUUUGCAUUUCAACCUUAAAGUCUUCGCCAAGAUGGUUUCAUUGCACUAAAUAAAUUUGAGACCUUUAUAAAUAAAAGGUUUCGGAUUAUUAUUUUCCAUACACCCAUUUACAAGCUUGUUAUGUAAGAAUGAAAGCAACACAAAUCAUUUAGUAUAAAUUCUAGUAUACCAAUUUUUAAAGAAAAGCAAAGUGAUACGACAAAACGAGAAAUCAACAUCCAGCAGAUUAACAAAAUACUAAGUUUUUAAAUAAGAAACGAGAGUAACCUCUUGUAGUUAUCGAAGCAAUUGGGAUGAGGAGAUCGGAAAGCGUAUUCCUUUUGACACGAGCUGAAGCUCUUGAACGCCGACAAUUCCUGAAUCGCAACCGCCAUUUCCACCCAAAUUGUAAUGGUACUGAUUGGAAUAAUGGUGGGAAUAGUCGUGAAUGUGGUGGUGGUGGUGAUGGUGAUGGUGGUACGGAGGAGGUAGGCGGAGAAAUGGGCAGCGACGUGGACCAUGGUAGAAGAUUCCGGCGACGAGGUUGUGGUCGCAAUGGUGGCGAGAAGUGUUAGAUGUGAGGACGAGGAAGGCGGUGAAAAGUGUGUGAUUGGAGUUUUCCCGAGUUUGAUUGCUAGGGUUUUAGAUUGUGAGGCUG